GCUAGUUCCCGCUCACCCGCACGGGCAUUUCGUAAUUACACUAAUUUCUAUUAAUCACGGCUAUUUCUUCUUACGUUUCACUCUCUGACGUUUCUUUCUUUAUGUUCUUUUGGACUCCUGCUACCUUCCAAUCACCUCUACAAUGUCGAGUAUUGUGUUCAAUCUGGACUCCUACUACUUCAAUCGCAGCUACAAUCUGGACUCUUACGCAUAUUUGGUUUCGCCGAAAACAUUGGAAUUGCUUCCCCUCAAGCCUUGGAGAGUCCAUCUCGAGGAAGCCGUAUAUCAUCUCUAUCGAUUUCCCAAUGGCUGACCGUGCUCCCUACAAGGCUGUUUUGAAGAAUGUUAAUACGCAGCAGGACGAUAAGGCUGUGUUGUUGCUGAGAGUAGUACGUAGAUGGAAUGUGCGUAACAAGGGAAAUUCCUUAGAGCCGUAUAUGAUUGAAAUGGUUCUCAUUGAGGAGGUUAUAUUUUAAGGAGAACACAAAGAUCAAGGAGCGUGAUCUUUCGUUAGAGACGGAAUUCCCUAGGGAUUUGUAUUCAAUAAAAAAUAUCACCGAGAUUAUAAAUACGCACAUGAGAGCUGGAGAUGACUUAUUCGAUACAAUUGGAAAGUUUAAGUAUGAGACCAUCAAAUAUUCCUUGCAACCAGAUGGAUUGCCGAGAGCAGCAGAAUUUAUCCUAGAAGAUUUGGAUAAAAAGCAAUUGUCGUGUACACUAUGGAGUGAGUAUGCUCAAGCUUUGAAAAAUUUGACCUUGACUUCGACCGAGCCACACGUCAUGCUUCUCCAACAUUGUAGAGCAAAGACCAACUAUGGUAAGGCCAAGGCCUAGGAAGAUGAUGAGAGAGUGGAACGCGUGCCGAAAUGAGUUAACGGGAACGACCUUGACGACUUCUAGCUAGUUAUUAUUUUAUUUAAGUAUUUCAGAUGUUAUAAUAAAGUGAUUAUUGUUACUUUAUUUUGUUUUAUUUUAUUUGAGGAUUUGAAGUUUUAGUAAAUUCCUGGAUCCAGGUGGUUAUCACAUUUGCUGGUGAUAACUAGAUUGUAUUGAGUUUUUAUUUGGAGCUAUAUUUUUGUAAUAUUUGAGAUUUGAUCAGGGUUAUUUCUUAAACAAAUGGUCGUUAUAUUGCA